ACAGAUUAAAAAUAUACUAAUUCAAGAACUUUAAAAUAUAGUGGAACAGCAUAACAACUGUCUAUGUGCUUCCCAUGAUAUGGUCUCUAUAUUAAAAAAUUAUGACAUCAACAUCCAAAGGAAUUCUCCGCCCAUUUUUAAUUGUCUGCUUUAUUCUGGGCUUCUUUAUGGCAUGUCUUCUCAUUUACAUCAAGCCCACCAACAGCUGGGUCUUCAGUCCAAUGGAGUCAACCAGCUCAGUGCUGAAAAUGAAAAAUUUCUUCACCACCAAAACUGAUUCUGUUAAUGAAACUACUAUUCUGAUUUGGGUGUGGCCGUUUGGGCAGACCUUUGACCUUACCUCCUGCCAAGCCAUGUUCAACAUCCAAGGAUGCCAUCUCACAACAGACCGUUCUCUCUACAACAAAUCUCACGCCGUUCUGAUCCAUCACCGAGACAUCAGCUGGGAUCUGACGAAUUUACCUCAGCAGGCCAGGCCACCCUUCCAGAAAUGGAUUUGGAUGAAUUUGGAAUCACCGACUCACACGCCCCAGAAGAAUGGCAUUGAGCACCUAUUCAAUCUCACUCUGACUUAUCGCCGCGACUCCGAUAUCCAAGUGCCUUAUGGCGUAUUGACGGUGAGCACAAACCCCUUCGUGUUUGAAGUGCCAAGCAAAGAGAAGUUGGUGUGCUGGGUUGUAAGUAACUGGAACCCUGAGCACGCCCGGGUCAAGUAUUACAACGAGCUAAGCAAAAGCAUUGAAAUCCAUACCUAUGGGCAAGCAUUUGGAGAGUAUGUGAAUAAUAAAAAUUUGAUUCCUACCAUAUCUACUUGUAAAUUUUACCUUUCCUUCGAAAACUCAAUCCACAAAGAUUACAUCACAGAAAAGCUCUACAAUGCUCUUCUGGCUGGCUCCGUACCUAUUGUCCUGGGGCCAUCUAGGGAAAACUAUGAAAAUUAUAUUCCAGCAGACUCAUUCAUUCAUGUGGAAGAUUAUAACUCUCCAAGUGAGCUAGCAAAGUAUCUGAAGGAAGUUGACAAAAACAAUAAGUUGUACCUUAGUUACUUUAACUGGAGGAAAGAUUUCACAGUAAAUCUUCCACGGUUUUGGGAAUCACAUGCAUGCUUGGCUUGUGAUCAUGUGAAAAGGCAUCAAGAAUAUAAGUCUGUUGGUAAUUUAGAGAAAUGGUUUUGGCAUUAG